GGUUUAAAGGAGGAAGGAAGCCAUUUUGGAGCUUCGACUUAGAAAAACGCACGGAGAAGAAACAAAAAAAUAAAUAAAUAAAAGAAAGGGAAGAAAAACUAGGAAAAAAAACCUUACCAAUAGUGAGAAGUAAUCCAUCAACGGCGAGCCACCGUCUGAAGAAGAGGACAUCGCGGCUGUUGAGGAAUCGGAAGAGUUCGGGCCGCGGGGUUGCUUUGACAGAUCUAAAGUCAAAUCUACAUCCGGGGGCUUUUUUUUUAUAUAUAUAUAAAGUUGAUUUGGUGCAUCAGAACAAGUGACUUCAAAGACUUUAGCAAGAACAAGCACUUGUUUGCGUUGCAAUAACAAGGACUCAUUUAUUGAGCGAGACUUUAUCUCUUCAUUUUGAAGAGUCCUAUAAACUGUUAUUACAGUCUCUGUACUGACUCUCAAAACUUUGAAGUUGAAGAAACUUUCAAAGGGACAAUUUAAUAGAAAACAAAAUGAGCACCACAAGAACAGAGAACCCUGUUUUAAUGGGUCUGUCCAGUCAGAAUGGGCAAUUGAGAGGCCCAGUGAAACCAAACCAAGGGCCUGGAAGUGGGGGAAUGCAGACACAGCAAAUAAGCCAGCUGAAAAACGCCAGCACAAUCAAUAACGGAAGUCAGCAGCAAGCACAGAGCAUGAGCAGCGCUAUUAAACCUGGUGAUGACUGGAAGAAGACGUUAAAACUCCCACCAAAAGAUCUUCGAAUAAAGACUUCGGAUGUCACCUCCACAAAAGGCAAUGAGUUUGAAGAUUACUGUUUAAAGCGAGAGCUGCUCAUGGGGAUUUUCGAAAUGGGAUGGGAGAAACCAUCCCCAAUUCAGGAGGAAAGCAUUCCUAUUGCAUUGUCUGGUAGGGAUAUCUUGGCUAGAGCAAAAAAUGGAACUGGCAAGAGUGGAGCCUACCUCAUUCCCUUACUUGAACGGAUAGAUCUAAAGAGAGACUGCAUACAAGCAAUGGUGAUUGUACCCACUCGAGAACUUGCUCUUCAGGUCAGUCAGAUCUGCAUCCAAGUCAGCAAGCAUAUGGGUGGAGUCAAAGUGAUGGCAACAACCGGAGGCACCAAUUUAAGAGAUGACAUAAUGAGGCUGGAUGAUACAGUUCAUGUGGUGAUUGCUACUCCAGGGAGGAUUCUGGAUCUUAUCAAAAAAGGUGUAGCUAAAGUUGACCACAUUCAGAUGAUAGUUCUGGAUGAGGCGGACAAACUGCUUUCUCAAGAUUUUGUGCAGAUAAUGGAAGAUAUAAUUAGUACGCUACCUAAAAACAGGCAGAUUCUUCUUUAUUCAGCCACUUUUCCCCUCAGUGUACAGAAAUUUAUGUCCUCUCAUUUGCAAAAACCAUAUGAAAUUAACCUUAUGGAGGAACUAACACUGAAGGGGGUAACGCAAUACUAUGCCUAUGUGACAGAAAGGCAAAAAGUUCACUGCCUGAAUACACUUUUUUCAAGACUCCAGAUAAAUCAGUCCAUAAUCUUCUGCAACUCCUCUCAGCGGGUGGAGCUCUUGGCCAAGAAAAUCUCUCAGUUGGGCUAUUCCUGCUUCUAUAUCCAUGCUAAGAUGAGACAGGAACACAGGAAUAGAGUGUUCCAUGAUUUCAGGAAUGGAUUGUGCCGUAACCUUGUUUGCACUGAUUUGUUUACCCGUGGUAUUGAUAUCCAAGCUGUGAAUGUGGUGAUAAACUUUGACUUUCCAAAGCUGGCAGAGACCUAUCUUCAUCGCAUAGGCAGAUCAGGUCGCUUUGGCCAUCUUGGACUUGCCAUUAAUUUGAUCACCUACGAUGACAGAUUUAACCUUAAAAGUAUUGAAGAACAGUUGGGAACAGAAAUCAAGCCCAUACCCAGCAGUAUCGACAAAAGCCUGUACGUGGCAGAAUAUCACAGCGAAACUGGAGAAGAGAAGCGUUAAUCUGCAUGCUUUAACUGACCCCCAGAAGAGUUUGACCAUGCAUCCUUUUUUGUUGAGGGUUUCUUUCCCACUCACCUGCCUCAUCAUUUUUUCCCCUCUGCCUUCUGGAACAUUUACCAGCAUAAUUUCAAACCUAAAGAUAUUUUUCAAUUUUUUUUUUUUUUUUACCCCAUUGUUUGCACUGUGCACCCACAGGAUUCAUGUUGUUGCACUUAAUUUUUCACGCUUUAUUCCCUUGGAAGAAGAGGAGAGUCUUGGAAUUUGCUAUUCGAUUUACUGCUGAAGACCCUUGCACUAUUAUAGGCUUUUCAUAUGUGUGCACUCCCCAGACCCAUUUACUCUCACCUGGUUCAGUGAUGCAAUACUGCGUUUCGGUCCCUUCUCUUAGAGGUUACAAGUACUUAACACCAGUGGGUUUUUUGUGCAUAGUCUUGUGGCAGUGUGGAGUUCACGUCUAAUAUGUUAUUUUUUAUUUUUUUUCUCUCCCCAUAAAGCGAACUGUUUUACGUGUGCAAAGUGCCUUAUGCUACAAGACCAUUCAAGGUUCUCUUCACUGCAGCCCUUACGAGACAAUACACUUCCUUUGCGUUUAUUUUUUUUGUUUUUUUUUUACCACAUCUAACAUCUGCAGAUCACUAAGCUGGUGCUUUCCGAUCAAAACUGCUAGCCCUGAAAAUCUUCCACUUGUAUAUUUGUCCCCUCACUAAUUUCAUCUGGAAUGCGAGUGAUUUGCCUGUACGGGGGUUCCAGUAGCUUGUAAAUAGGUACCUGGUCAUUACACAGGCAAAAAAAAAAGCCAAUCAGAAAACAGGCUAUAAAGUGCAAGUUCCAGACACUUAUUCAACGUCCUUAAGGCAGAUGCUGGUUUAGGUUUUGUUUCCAGUUAAACACUAAUUGGGGUGUUUUUUUUUUUUUUUUUUUCUCUUUCCAAUUUGCAGCAAGAUAUGAUUUCAGAUUUUUUUCCAAAGCCAUACCCCCUCUAAAGAAAAAUUAAAGAAUUCCCUUGCAUGAGGGGUAUGGGGGUAAUCUUAAGAAACUUGUGUAUACUUGUAUAAAAAUGUAAAUAAUUUGGUUGGGGGGGUGGGAGGGGUGGAAGAAUUUUUUUUAUUUUUUUUGUUUAUGAUGGUUUGUUGAAGGUUUCUUUGUGUUUUUAGGAUUGCAGCUUAAGUUGAGAGAGGUUCAGUUCAUGGCGACAUUUUAGAGAGCGGUCUGAAAUUGAGGAGGGUAACGUACAAUCCAGUGUUCCAAUACGGAUUGAGUCAUUUGACUUGUGUGGAUUUUCCUCCUCUGUCUCUACUUUGUUAGACCGCCCAUGCGAAAAAAAAUAUGUAUAAAUCGAUGGGAGCUGGGGGGGUGAAGAAGCCACGUGUCGUUCUUGGAUAGUGGCACAUUUUUUAAAAUAUAUUUUUUUUUUUGGGUGGACAGAUGGGAAAUGUUAAUUUGAACUGAGCCUCUCCCAGCAUGCUAGAUGCUCGGCCUUAUCUACAGGCAAAGUGAGUGAGGAACCAUCACUUGUUGAUUUUAGUUUGUGUCCCUAUAUUUGAGCCACCUGGAUCGCGCGGUAUUCGUCAUGCCCAUAAUAAAGCAUGUCCCAUUGUUUAGUUGAAGCUGGCUAGCACAGACUCUAGCAUUUAAUAUUGCACAUCCAGGUGCACGUAGAAGCACAUUUACUUGUUAAAAAAAUAACACAUUUGGAUCCCGAACCUUCAGUAAAGCACGAGGACAAUUGGCAUAAAAAAAAAUAAUUGUUAGCAAAGGGGGUAGAUUAUUUAAUAUUUCUAUUUAAAAUUUACUUGAUUGCUCUGCUACUGAAGGAGGUUAUUGGGUAAUCUGUUUCAUGUGGGGUCAUGGGGCAAUAAGUGACUUCCUCUUGCCCAGUUCUAUUUGUACUGCAGCUGCCAUUGUGCAAAUUCGGUGCCGCCGCACUUUGUGAAAUGCGGUGUUAUGCUGGUGCUAAAUCCAUGAUCCUUAUAUGAAGGGAUAUCCAUUUAUUUAAAAAAAAAAAACACAAAAAACCCAUGCUAGAAGUGUCAAUUCCCUGUACAUGCGUUUUACACUGCACAGGAGGAAUUGACUUGUCAAGCGCCAUUGGAAUUCGGUGGGCAGCGCUUUGGAAAAAGCUGUCGCAGUUCAGGUGCUUGUUACACUAUAAAUCGGCGCAGAAAAAAAAAUUGAAAGAUGCUCCGAAAUACAAAAAAUAAAUAAAAAUUUGAAUCCUUUUUUUCCUUAUGUAUAAAAUACCUCAAUCUUUAUUGGUUGCAGUCUUCCAAGCUUUGGCAGAAAUCCCAAUAUGCAUCUUGCAAGUGAACAUGACUGCAAUUAAGCGCAAAUUGGCAGCAUGAGUUGCGGAGUUGAUUCCAGGUCUGCCUGAGGAGCUUCCAAAACCAUACCGUAUUGUACGGCUACCUUAUACUACAAAAAUUUAAAUUGCUGAAUUGGAUUAAUCCCAAUGUUGGUUAUGGGAGCAAGGAAUAUUUUUUUUUCCCAAAUUUUUUUUCAGUUUAUUUUUUUUUUGUUUCCUCCCGGAAUGAGAUGGGAGCAUCUUUCAAUUGUAGUGCUAAAAUGUUGUAAGCAUUCAUUACGGAGCAUUCGGUUCCGGGCUAGGUAUUACUGUUCAGUGCUGAGACAGGUUCUCGUCUCAGCAUUGAACAGGUUUGGCAUCUCAUUCUGUUUUUUUGUUUUUUUUUUGUUUGUUUUUUGGGGAGGGGGGGGGGGGUCUGGGAUAUGGUUAGGAGCUGAACUUAAACAUAUUGGGAUCAGUUUAGAAAUUUGCAUUUUUUAUUUUUUUCCAUUUUCAAAUCUGAAGUGACUCCAUUGAGAAGAGUGAAAUGGUACCAAUGAACUUUUAUUUUUCUUUAAAGAAAAUCUAAAAAACAUGCGAGCAAUGGGAUACCUUGGUUCUCUUAUUUUUCGGUUUACUGACUAAACAGCGAGAACUCCUUAAAACCCUCCUUAUGUGGAGAAGCAAAAAAAUAAAUUGUUCCUAAUAUGUUUUGUCAGAUCUAAUGGGCCAAGAUGUGGGUAGGUACAGCAACUAGUUUGUACCCUUAAUUUGGUGGGCGGGGGGGGGGGGGGGGGCAAUAACCAUUUGUAUGUCAACAGUUUACGCAAAGCAGUUUAACAUCUGAUGGCAGACAAAUUGUGAACCCUGAUUUCAGCACCGUAUCCUCCUGGUGCUGCAGUCCUGCGGAAUAGCAGCCACAAGAGGAUACAAAUGCCAUUUUCCAAUCAAAUUUCUGUGAUUUGGUAGCCGCUUAGCUGCAACCACUGGACAAUGAGUCUGAGUCCUGAAGCGGAAUGACUUCUCCAUCAGGAGUUAACUAAGCCGCUACCAUCACUGCUUCCUAUAGAACAUGAGAAAAUGGCCCAGUGGGAUAUUUUAUUUUUUUCUGAUUCUUUGUUGGUUAAGACGGUCAGACCGAUGUAUGGAAGAGAAAUCUGGAGGUUGUUUUUCUGUUAUCUUAAUAAAUUCCCACUGGAAAUCA